UGUGGGAGGAGGAUGCCCUGACUGGGACGGCCCCCUGAAAGGUUCCCGGGCUGAGAGGCGGCAGCAGGUGAUCAGACCGCAGCGGCAGCGGCGGCAGAGGGUCGCUGCUCCUUCUCUCUCCUUCCUCCUCCUCCUCCGACAUGCACUCCGUGGGGAAGUCCUGGCUGCUGCUCACCGGCUUCAUCGUCUUCUACAUCAUCUACCUGCUGUUCGGGGCGCUGGUGUUCUCCAGCCUGGAGCGGCCGGUGGAAGAGCGGCUGCGGGCCGACAUGGAGCUGCUGAAGCGGGACUUUCUCAACCAGAGCUGCGUCUCCUCCGCGGCUCUGGACGCCUUCCUGCUCAAAGUGCUCUCGGCCAACAAGUUCGGCGUGUCAGCGCUCCGGAACGAGUCCUCCGGGUCCAGCUGGGACCUGGCCUCCUCCAUGUUCUUCGCCAACACUCUGGUCACCACCGUGGGCUACGGUCACACCACGCCGCUGUCCGACGCCGGGAAGCUCUUCUCCAUCUUCUACGCCCUGAUCGGCGUUCCCUUCACUAUGCUGGUGCUGACGGCGUGCGUGCAGCGGCUCAUGCAGCCGCUGGUGGCGGCCCCGGUGGGCCUCCUGCGGCGCUCGGGCCUGGAGCGGCGGCCCGCCACCGCCGUGCACUUCCUGCUGCUGCUGCUGCUGGUGGUGCUCUGCUUCUUCAUGGCGCCGGCCGCCGUCUUCAGCCUGCUGGAGGCGUCCUGGUCCUUCCUGGACGGCGUCUACUUCUGCUUCAUCUCGCUGUGCACCAUCGGCCUCGGGGACUUGGUGCCGUCGACCUCGCCGGGGCAGAAGUACCGACCGCUGUACCAGGUCUCCGUCAUGGUCUACCUGUUCCUGGGCCUGAUGAUGAUGUACCUCCUGCUGCGCACCUUCCACAAGAUGGCCGACCAGCAUGGCCUGACCGCCUUCCUGCAGCUGCCACGCUGCGAAGAGUCGGAGCCGGGCGAGGAGCGCGAGCCCAUCGUGGACGACGAGCGACUGCCUCUGCCGCCGCCGUUGUCGGAGAAGGACGUCAUCAAGCCGCAGGAGUCGGGAUCGCAGCCGUCCUACAACUCCAUCAACAGGGGCUGAGCGGCCGGACGCCGGGUGUCCCGUCAUCCAUCGCCGCCGCUGGGCUGAAUCUGCACUCUUGUCUCCAUUUCCGUCCCCUCUUGCUCUCCAGAGCCUCCAGACGUGGUCCUCAUUCAGUCUCUGGGAGGACCGGCACAUGGGUCCAGGGGUCGUCGCCGGCCUGGUUUCCCUCGUGCACACUGGUGUCACUGCGGUGCUGCCGCAGCCUCCGGAUCGCACAUCGAACGGCUCGAGCCGAUCGAACCUCGGACGGAUGUUGAACUUUAUCUCCCGGAUCACUUCCUGCUGCGGGUUCAGGACUGACGGAGGUCUUUUGCUCUCUUACAGCCCUCUGUUUUCACGGGAGCACGUCGUGGCCAGGAGGCCUCCACCCUCUUCACACCACCACCCAGCCUGGUUGGAGCGAGAGAAGCUAAAUUAUUUAAAAUGCUGACCAUCUCCUCCACUGGGGACACCUUUGUACAUCUAAUUGUUGAGUAACGUGGUAUUUAUUGAAUUAGAUCCUAAUCCGGGUCACAAACCGCCAGUUCACCCUUAAUCCCUGUACUGUGCUGCCCCCUGCUGGCCCUGUGUGUGUAGUGCAGCAUCCUAAUGAAGUAAAAAGGAUUUCAAGAUGGGAAGAAUCAGACGUUUCAGCCCAGAAAGUGUUGAAAUGAAGACUGAAGGCAUGAUUGACUUUUAAUGACGAACCAAAUGACAAUCGCGGCCGUCCGAGUUUGAGGAUUUCUGUGUCUGACAGAUGUUUAAUGCUCUAAAAGCACUUUAAUGUUGAAGUUGGAGUCAAAUAAAGGUUAAAUGUAUCAGAUACUGUUAAAAGGAAGAGUGCUCUGUCCAGUUUAGUAUGUUGUUUAGUGCUAUUAGUUUAAAAUGUAUUCAUAAAUAAAGUGUU